GGAAGACAAGUCUUGCAUGCAGCUGCUGUGCAUAGAAUCACAACAUCGUGGCUGUGGCUCUCGGGAUUGGUGUUGGUAUCACGGGCAAAAGAGGUAUAUAAGAGGAUCAACCGAAUGAAGACAUUACUCUGAAAGCAUUUGCUCAACUCUCAGACAUGAAAGUUACACUGUUUCUCGUCAUUGUCAGCGCCUCUGUUGCUGUGAUCUACAGCGAAGACUGCAGGGAUGAUAGUGACUGUAGUCACGUGACAUGUGACAGUUCCUCAAAACUCGCCUGCUCUCAUGGACAAUGCACCUGUCUGGUGUCAGCCACUGCUGGUUCCUGCUUUUCAGCCACAUGUUCCGCCCGCGCCGACUGCGACAGCUGUCGUUGUAGAGACAGCCACACAGACCGUCAUUGCUUCGACGGACAUUGUCUUUGUGGACGUGGGUUUGGACCUGGCGUCGGAAAAUAAAGAAGAAAGGCUCAUCGAAAUUAUCCAUACUAUCUGGAUACCACAUGUAUAUGUGUAAAAUAAAUUUGAUACAAUAAACUGGUGUGUUUUGA